AUGUUCGAGCGUCGCGCCGCCGAUCGGUAUCGUCUGCGCAUGCAUCGCGCCCGCACGGUCGCCCUCACUUCCGAUGAGAUCGUGGAAGUGCGCGCCGCUCAGCGAACCUUCGAAGGGGCCUACGUCCGCACCGCGCUGUCUCAGUUUUCCUUCGCUCUCGUCGUCCUCAAGAUCUUCACCAGCGAGUUCUACAGUACCGGGGCGCUGUUCGCCAUCUACGGGACAGGCGUGUUGAUUAUCGGGCUGUUCCGUCGUCAACAAGGAAACCGACAGUUCUUCUCCGAGGUCGGGGAGGAUGGCGUCCAUCGUCGCAAGUUCCGCACCAGUGGGAAUGCUGUUGUGGUGUUGACCGCCCUGAGCAUGGGUGCGUACGCGACACUGAUCGCUCUCACUUUACGACUCGACAAGUAG